AUGAUUUCUGCCAGGAAAACUCCGGAGAAGAGUCGUUAUCCGAUCCACUAUUUGGUGUGGCACAACAAACACCGACAGCUGGAGAAGGAGCUGGCCGCGAAGGAGCAGACCGAUUUAGAGUCUCUGGACCCUCGGGGACGGACUCCUCUCCACCUGGCUGUCACACUGGGCCACCUGGACUGUGCCAGGGUCCUGCUGCAGCACGGCGCCGACGUUAGCAAGGAGAACCGCAACGGAUGGACUGUUCUCCAGGAGGCGGUGAGCACCAGAGAUCCAGAGCUGGUCCGCCUUGUGCUCCGUUACCGUGACUACCAGAGGACCGCCAAGAGACUGGCGGGCAUCCCCGUCCUGCUGGAGCGACUGCGCCAAGCCCAGGACUUCUAUGUGGAGAUGAAAUGGGAGUUUACCAGCUGGGUGCCCCUGGUGUCUCGUAUCUGUCCCAGCGACACAUACAGAGUGUGGAAAAGUGGUCAGUGUCUCCGCGUCGACACCACCCUGAUGGGAUUUGAGCAGAUGACGUGGCAGCGAGGCAACAGGAGCUUCAUUUUCAGAGGACAAGACUCCAGUGCAGAGGUGAUGGAGGUCGACCACGACCGACAGCUGGUGUUCUGCGAGACCUUGUGUGUGUCGUCCCUCACGGCGCUCUCUCCCGGCCGGCGCCCCGGCGGCGCCUGCAGCAGCAGCUCCUCCGGGCUGGGCCUCCUCGGGGCCGUGCAGCCCAGUGACGAGCAGGUCGCGGCCAGGCUGUCCGCCCCGGUGGUGACGACUCAGCUCGACACCCGGAACAUCGCCUUCGAGAGGAAUAAAACCGGCAUCCUGGGCUGGAGGAGUGAGAAGACGGAGACAGUGAAUGGAUACGAAGCCAAGGUGUACGCAGCGUCCAACGUUGAGCUCAUCACCAGAACCAGAACAGACCAUCUGUCAGACCAGAACAAAAACAAGACGAAAGGUGGGAAAACUCCACUGCAGAAUUUUCUGGGGAUCGCAGAGCAGCACAUGGGGCCAAACAACGGGGCUCUGGUGACGCAGAUGUCGUCCCCCGCAGCGACAAACCCAGCAGCGCUGACGGCUGAAGAAUACUUCAACCCCAGCUCGUCGCCCACGCAGAGGGACAUCGGCCACCCGUGCCACCUCACCACCAAGACCCAGAGGUUUAAAGCCAAGUUGUGGCUGUGCGAGUCUCAUCCUCUCUCCCUGGCAGAACAAGUGGUGCCUAUCAUCGAUCUCAUGGCCAUCUCCAACGCUCUCUUCGCCAAGUUGCGAGACUUUAUCACUCUGCGCUUGCCGCCUGGCUUCCCCGUCAAGAUCGAAAUCCCUCUCUACCACAUCCUGAACGCCAGGAUUACCUUCAGCAACCUGAAUGGCUGCGAGGAGGGAAGCGGCGCCCGUCCUGACAACGAGGUGGCGAUGGAGGGGGACGGACAGAGGGAACCCCCGCGGACAGACACCCCGUCGCCGGGCAGCGACUCCUCCAGCGUCUCCAGCUCCAGCUCCACCAUGUCUUGUCGAGCCGGAGAGAUCCCCCCGUGUGUGUUCGAGCCCCCGCCAGGAUACACCAUGCUUGGAGGCAAGCAGAGAGACAGCAUGAGGGAGGAGGAGGAGGAUCUGCUGCAGUUUGCGAUACAGCAGAGUCUGCUGGAGGCCGGAUCCGAGUACGACCAGGUGACCAUCUGGGAAGCACUGACCAACAGCAAGCCGGGAACGCACUCCCUGUCCUGUGACCCAAGCCGUCUGGAGAGAACCCCCCUGCACAAGCCCCGCGCCCCCUCCAGCCUCGGCUCCACCCCCUCCAAGAAGCCACCCGCCCCCUGCACCUACGAUGAGCAGCUCCGCAUUGCCAUGGAGAUCUCGGCCCGGGAGCUGGAGGAGGCGGAGCUUCGGCGGCGGCGUGAGGAGGAAGAGCUGCAGCGCAUCAUCCAACUGUCGCUGAUGGACAAAUAAGAGCGGAGGAAGGAGGGGGAGGGUCUGGACUGAGGACACAUGGGAGGAAAAAGCGGGGAAAUUGGCUUCAUUUAAAGCUUCGAGCACAUUGUUCAAGUGGAUGGAAAUUCCCACUUAGAUUAGUGGUUUCAAUCAAUUAGUGAUCAAAAACGUCUUUUCUCAUCUCCCAUGACCUCCGCCAGACCUUUCCCAUGAAGCCAUACGGGGACGCCACGCUGUGCGGCCUCAGACAGUCAGGGAGGAGCAGCGGCGUCCUCUCUCCGGUGCCACAGUGGUACUCUUUUCGAGCAGUGCCAGUUUACAACCUACAGCACAUCCAGUACAACGCCAGAGGAAGCGUCUCCUCGGACGAAGGGAUCCGUGACUGCCUGCAGGCGUGCGCUUUCGUUUAAAAACCAGCUCUCCGCACAGGGGCCAACUUUUCACCUUCUCCAAUGAAAUCACCGUGCGUUAUUCCAACUUCUCGCUCCAGCAUCAACACACACACACACACACACACAGAAUCCUUUAGACGAUUGAUGGAGCGGUGACAU